AUGUAUGACAUUAGCAAUGUAAUCAUCAGAGGCGACACCUGUUCAGAACGGAUAAAUGGUGCUGAGAUCCACAUUGGAAAUUCCUUAAUCAACAAUGGCAACAACAACCCCAGAGUGUGCUGGCUUGAGGAAAGACACGUGGAAAGUGGGGGAGAUGCUGUACGAAGGGAGAAGUUGAAGGUGACAGCCAGACUUGUUGUCCCACCUGAACCUGGGAUGUGGGCGCCUGUGGCGAUCAGCUUGGAUCCUCUGCCUGCGUAUGGCCCACUGCAGACCGACAGGGGCACAGUCAUCCACUUCAAUGUGGCUCCAAGAGGAAUAGCAACACAAUCAUCUUUAAUGUUUAACAAUUUCUAUGCUUCCUUUGCUAUCGAUGGCAACAGAGCAUCUAAUAUGGGCUCCUACUCAUGUACACACACAAACAUUCAGAAUAACCCAUGGUGGAGAGUGGAUUUGUUGGCAGUGUAUGACAUUACAAAGGUAAUCGUCACUAACAGAGGCGACUGUUGUCUAGAACGGAUAAAUGGCGCUGUGGAGAUCCACAUUGGCAAUUCCUUAAUCAACAAUGGCAACAAUGACCCCAGGUGA